AUGUCCUUACCAAAGUUCACACCUGAAAAUAUUAUCAAGUCUAUCUAUUCUACUCCUGUGAAUCGCCAUAAGAAUAGCCUUGGGCUUGUUUUAGAUUUGACUUAUAUCAGCAACAAGUUGAUAGUAUGUUCAUAUCCUGUGACUAAAUACCCCCGAAUGUUCUACAGAAAUAGCUUAAAAGACCUAGUGGUGUUCUUAAAUUUCCACCACGGAGUAGGCAAUUGGAAGAUCUUUAACCUAAAAGUUGAGGUGUGUGAUGCGGAUUAUACUGACGAAGAUAUAGAGGCUUUAAUUGACGGUGUACCACUCAAAUCUUCUGCAGAUUCGUUUCGUUCUCGGUCAAAUCCUACCACGUUGCAGUCGCUUACGCUGUUAAAGCACAGUAUUCCGUUUGGGAUGGAUAAGUCAUUUGCGACUCCACUUAGUGCUCCGGUGGCUAAAAAGCGGCACAGACGCGAUCUAGUGGUUAGAAGAGGCUGGCUCGACCACUUUCCUCCGCCUUUCACGCUAUUACAGGAGAUAGUGGAUGAAAUACACGACUACCUAAGCUUGGAUAGUGCGAGAGUGGCUGUGAUACACUGCAAGAUGGGGAAGGGAAGAUCCGGAACAGUUACAAUUGCUUAUCUAAUGAAAUAUAGACAAAUCCCGAUGAUCGAGUCUUGUCACUUAUUCAUGAGUACCAGAUUUAAGCCGGGCAUCAGCCGCGGUGUCACCAUAUACUCACAAUUGAGGUACUUGAGAUACCAUGAGACAUUUAUUUGCUAUGAUGCAACUCAGAGACCCCAGAUAAUAGAGCAGUUAAAGAAAAGUGCAUUUACUAUAACGUCUUUGGAGUUUACGAACGCGCUAGGCACUAUUACAAGAGAUAUAAUAGGCGCAGCAUGCAUUAUUGAGAUCAAAAUCCAGAAAUAUACCCCAGGAAACGACGGACUUAUCGAUUUAUUCUGUAUCGAAUGUGACGAUGACGAAGAAAUAGUGAAUUACAUCGAUGGCAAAUGUAUUGUAACCCCUAAUACUAUAAUUGAUACCUCGGACAUGAGAAUUUCCUUCGGUCUCAGGUCCAGAACUACUGAAUUUAUAAACAGCGUCACGAAGUUGACUUCUACGGCGUACUGCUGGCUCAAUUUAUUCUGGGAAACAGUCUCCUGUAGCAGGAGCCUAUCAUCAACUAGCUUUAUGAUUGACGAGUUGCAAGCUGAAAUAGGCUCUUCGAUUGGUCAGCCUUCAUUUACUAUCAAGUGGGAAGACCUAGACGGCGCCAAAGGCACAAUGAAUAAAGGUCUCAGGUUGUUUGACUCCUUGACUUUACAUUGGAAUAUAUGCUCCGAAAGCAAUCAAGCUACAACCGAAGCCGGAAACUAG